GCGCGAAUACACACACGGAGAUUCACUAGAUGCUUCCACUAUGAGCACUGAGGAGGAGUACACCGAGAACGAAGUGCUCAGAGGAGCUGAGCUGUACCUCUAUCUCCUCCGUCAAAAUGAGGAACAACGGGAGCGUGCGCAGAGUAAGCUGCGCGAGUACGCCGCCCUCAAGGAUACGUUGCAGGUGCUGACAGAGCGCAGUCGACGGCGUGUGUUGGCGCCGGUGGCGGGCGGCCUCGCGUACUUUGCUGCGGAGUUGAACGCCACCAACACCAUCGUGGUUCUUCUGGGAGACAGCUGGUUUGCCGAGCGCAGUGCCGUGCAGGCGGCCGAGAUCGCCGGGCGGCGGCUUGACUUUCUGCGCCGCGAAGUCGAGGCGCUGCGGCAGGAGGACGCGACACUUCGCUCGAAGCAAGAAUUUUUUCUCUCCGAGAUGCCGGAGGCACAGGAUGUGGUGGUGCAACUCCUGGCGGAGAAAGAUGCACUUCAUGCAACGCUGGUGAAGGAAGUCACGCGGCCGUCAUCUGCAUCGCCAGUGUCCGCGUCCUCUUCGCCUCCGGCUAAGAACAACGGACAGAGGCAACAAGAGCGAGCACCCGCCACAGCCGCGGCGCCAUCAGCUGUUCACGUCCCCAAGGAGUCGGCCGUGCAGAAGCCUCCAAACAAUCCGUCCCCCGUACCAAGUUCUCUGGCAGAAGACCUGGAUUACUCGUCCAUUGACGCAGCCCUUGCCACCUUCGAUGAGCAAGAUGAACUGACCGAAGAUGAGUUGAUUGCCUUGGAGAAGGAAUUAGGCGAUCGUCUCGAGGACGACGCGUACGUGGAGCAAAUAAUGACGGAGCGGAUGAUCCAGAAGAAGGAGAGGCGCGUCAGAGCAGAGCUGGGGCGGCGCCAGGCUGCUUUGGCAGGAUCGAAGACAGUCUUCAGCCGUACCAAGGGCGCUGGGGCGACAGCAACGCACCCUACGAGUAUAGCGGCUCCCCCCACGCCUUCCCCCUCUGCUCUUUCCUCUGACCAGCCUGCAAAGGAAGCGCACUCUUCCGCAGAACAAGAGAGUGCGACCAUCACCGCAACUCUUCCAGCAGCGACAACAACGUAUCGUACUCCUGGAGACAUUGGACAUGCUGCUAGCAGCUGCACCGCAACAGAGGCGGCAGCAGCAGAUGCAUCUCCCCCUGCAGCGGUGCACGUUGAUCCAGCUGUCGUUCCGCCUCCGGUGCUAUCUCCAUCCUCUCCGCAGAUGUUGUCGCAACCUCCAACGUCGAUAGUGAACGCUACGAGCGACUCAGAUGCUCCCGCGGCUUCGCCUGCCUCGUCCACGUGCUCGUCAUCUUCUCGUAAAGAGCGGCACGUGCACUUUCGUGGUGAUACUGUUUCGGAGCGGAAGGGGGUAUCGGCGCCGGCUGCAGCGGCGGUGGCACCGUCAACGUACGCCAACCAACCGGAGUUGACGUCUUCUGUUGGAGCAGCAACGACAGAAGCACGGGAGGAAGAAAGAGCACCCGCCAGCCCGUCCGCACCGUUCCUUCUGCGAAGUACUUACCGAGUUGCGGACAUCGUGGAGCACACGGAUGCGCAAUUGGAUGCGGCGAUGCCACCCCCUCCACUUCUCACCAGCCAACGCCAGAAGCCAAAGCGGAAAUCGCUCUUCAUGCGUGACUUGGAAGACGACAGUGCGUAG